AUGGAUGAUGAUGAUGAGUUCCACAAGAUUGUUGUGGUUAUUAAUCUGGAUAUGUCGAGCAAACAAAUUGGAAUUGGGUCAGAAAGAUCGAUGAGUGCUUGUAGUUUCGUAUUAAAUAAUUUGUAUGAAACACUGACGAAUGAUGGUGACAGUAACAACAGCGAGAAAGAAUUUUGUUUACAAGUUGAUAGAGUUCAAGAAUCUUCUGGUAGGUUUAGCAAAAAGAGAAAAUUUGAUACAGAUAUUCAGAGUGAAAAAACUAAAAUACAUUAUGCUUUUGAAGAUUUUAAUGUUCAGGAAAUUUUGAAUGCUUUGUUCGACUUCUUCACCUUGGAAAAAGGAUUUCUUCAUAAAGCUGAGGGCUUUGUUGGGAAAAUUCACAAAUUUAGGGUUAUAAAAAGUGGACUGAAGAUUAUGAAACUGAAAAUGGAAAAUGUUGCGGCUUUUGAGUUGGGAGACAUAUGCCCUGUUUGCUUGAAGAUUUUUGAAGAAGAAUCAGUCGUGGUGUUCAUGCCAUGUUCACAUAUGUUCCAUAGGAGAUGUGUAUUUACAUGGCUAUCAAACAGCAACACUUGCCCAAUAUGUAGGGAAGGUUGUUCUGUCUGA